AUGGAUGUCACAGAAGUGAAACAGUGGAACCACAUAGGGACACAGGAAAACCCAGCGGAUAUUCCUUCAAGAGGUUUAAGGCCACAAGAGCUAUUAGUGUCAAGGUUGUGGUGGAACGGACCCGCCUGGUUGGAAAGUGAUGAGAAGGAUUGGACCCUAAAUCCAAUAAUACAUGCGGAGGAAGAGCUACCUGAAGUACGUGAAGUGAAGCUAGUACUUGCGGUGACUAACCCAGUAAACGGUAUAUUUAAACACUACUCUGAAUGGAACCGUAUGCUACGAGGAGUAGCUUGGUUGACGAUAUAUUCGAAGUACCUGCGUAAGAUGAUCAAUGGCCCUCAAUCUUAA